AUGAAAAUAAAGAAUGACUUGGAUUCAACCAAAAUAAAUUGCCUCAGCUGGUCGGACACUUGUGAAAUUAAGGGUGACGAAUUUGAUGCAGAUCAGUUUAUGAGCCUACCGAACGAGUUCCAUUCUCAGACUACAUGUGAACUCGUGGCAGGUUCCGAGGAGUCCCUUACUCUUUGGAGGUUUUAUUACAAGAUUGAUGGGGACAAGAACCAAAAGCACAUAGCCAGUAAAGUGUUGUGGCAUAAGGAUCAACCGAGUUCCGUUUAUAUGGUUAAAUUCUCUCCAAGUGCCAGUUGUAUAGUGAGCACAGGAUACUGCGAUCGGUUGGUAAAACUAUGGUACCGACUGUCUUACGGAAUUGAAACUGCGGACUUUGAGCUCUACUACAUCCCUCAUCCAAAUGUUGUGACCAGCCUCAAAUGGAAGUCAUAUCCAAUGGAAAGCAUUUCUUCUUGCGGAUCCCGAAUACCUUCACGAACGGGGUCUCGGGGACCUUCUGAUUUGGAUGUAGUGAAAACCUCCAAUGGAAUUAUUAAACUUGAUUUGAGUAGGUUGGGGUUUCCUUCUGAUGGCCGAAGUGUGACAUCUAUGACUUCCGAUAAGCGACAGCAUAACGUGCUCUAUACGGUAUCUGCAGAUUCGGUUCUGCAUGUGUAUAGCACCUACAAAUUGGAUAGCGUAUUUGAAGUCUAUUUCAAUGGUAGUAUUGAUCUUUUUGACGGAGAACCUGAUGCAAAAGAGAGGGGAAUCAAAAAAUUUGUGUCCUUUAUAGACAACAGUGUGGCUGAGAUCGGUAUCAGCAAAGUCUUACAAACCUUGGAGAAUGAAUACGGUCCCGCUACGGAAUCCACUUCGGUAUCGAUAUCAGGUUCACUUUCAAAGUAUGGCGAGAAUUCUAUAUAUGGAAGUCGAUCUGAAUCAAUUCCAAGAACAGAGAGGUCUAACAAGUCUCAAGCCUUAGAAGACCUGUUGCAGGAAAAGGUUGAGAUUUGUAUGGUCUUUGACAAUGAUAGCCACUGUAAACUUUACUGUCUGGGUAACUUGAAUAAGCCGGUGCCCACUAAGAUGACGAUAUAUCCAAUGGAUCAGAAGUUUGAUACUUCUGGAAAGGCUAAGUCCUGCAAUAUUGUCUUCGGGGAGCACUGCAUGCCUUGCGAUUGUCGGGCUAUUGCAAUCCAUCAUAUUCUACUUUCCAGACACAUGGAAGAUACCGAGCUUACUAUGGUGAUUCAGGACUUAUUUAAGAGUACCAUUCGGGUGGUUGGGUUCUCAUUCAAAGACAUUUUUGACUUUUCUGUCAAGUACACAUCUACAGCGGACGAGCAUUCCUUUUUUGGUAAUGGCAGUAUAACUGCAAGAAACUCUUUGGUCGAAGGCUACCUUCCAAAGAAAGAUGUCACCAUUGGUAUUUUGCAAGACAAACUUACCGGUCAUAAUAAAUCUGUUCGGCGUUUGAUAGGCUCGACCGAUGGUACUGCUGUUCUUUCCACUACUAGGUUCAACAGGAGUUUACUAUGGUUCAUAAUGCCAUUGGGUCAUCACAGGACUACUCUUAAUAAGAAGUCGUCUAUCAUUACCCCUACGCCGAUAUUGGAUGCUGCCAUAUGGAGAAAGGGUGACUACGUAGUAGCUGCUGUUGAAGGUAGUUUGAUAUGUUAUGAUUGCAGAUUGAAGUCCCAAUUCCACAAGACCAUCACUAAACUUGCUCCGGAGAUGUGCUCUUUACCAGCUGAUACCGGUGAGAAAGCCAUGUGCUUCUUUUUAUUACCUGAGGCAUCAAAGGAUAUAUGCCAUUUGGUUGCUGUUUUCAAAGACAAAAGCUGCAAAGCUUGGGAGAUGCGACUUCUUGAAGAUGGUAAUAAGGCGGAGAUCAGAGAUUUCAAAAUUGGUGCUUUAUCAGAAUGUCAAGACGAUAAGUUGCAUAUGGUUUCGUCAGUGGAUCCAGUUGGCUGGAAUACUUCGAUUGAAUUUGUGGGAAGAGAUGUUCUUAUUACGAUUACUACAGAAGGGUUUGUCAGAGUCUAUUAUGCUUCUCUUUCCGGGGAUGGUAUAGUUUGGCACCUAAAAAAUUCAUUUCUGACUGGAGUUAAAGAGUGCUCAUUCUUAUCAGGCUCUUCUGUGAAUAAAGUAGCCUUGGCCAGCAUGGGGACUGAUAAGUUGACUAUUUGGGACACGAGAUUGGGAAGAUUGGAAUACGAGGAAGACUUCGGCGAGACGCAUAUUAGAGAUAUUGACUGGACAGCAACAGCCUAUCAUCAGGCGAUACUUUCUGUUGGCUUUUCAUCGUAUGCUUUAUUAUACACUCAAAUACGUUAUGAUUAUACAAACAAAAACCCAGCGUUUGUUAAGAUCAAGAGGGUCAGCAUUGCUGAGCAAACCACUCAUGAUAUUGGUGAUUCCAUAUGGAUGACAGAUGGAUUAUUAGUAAUGGGAGCGGGAAACCAAUUUUAUAUUAGUGACAAGUCUUUGGAUGCCAACACUGAUGAUACCACCAAUCGAGCCAUUGGUACUCUUGAGAUUGUUUCUGACGAUAUAUUUCAUUUGUGCUCCGCAUUGAAUGGUCCAUUACCACUUUAUCACCCUCAGUUUAUUAUUCAAACAUUACUCAUUGGAAGGUUUGCUUUUGUAGAAGCAAUUCUUGUGAGAUUAUGCAAUGCAUUAAGAGAUCUUGAUCUAGGCGGCACGAAAUCUAUUGAUGCCUCAUUGGAUUUGGAUUAUAGAGAGCUAUUCGCUUCUAAGGACGAAAGCAGCAAACUGAAUUCGAAAAAUGCAGGCGUGUACGAUAACUUGUUUGAUACCAUUGAUGAUGGUAGUAAAAACGAAAGGUUUUCUGCUGAAAUUGCAGACAUACUUAUUGAGAAAUUGCAAAGAUUCAAACUUCCCUAUUUGACCGGACACCAGCAGAUCACUCUAUCGUAUACCAUUAGCAUUGUCAAGGACAUUUUACUAAAAUACAGAAAGAUUUUGGAUAACAAUGCCCUGCGAUAUUAUAUUGGAGUGAGAUUGUUCCAUAUUAACGUUUCGAAAACUGCAAGCCCUACCACUAGGGCUACUAAAACUAUUACCAUGAGAGAUGUGACGUUUGCCAUGCAUUCCGAUAAUAAAGAUUUACUAUACAAUAUCAUCAACGAGCAAUCGGACUUGAAGCUUGACUGGCUGAACGCCAAAAGGUACGGGCUACCCUAUUGGCUCAAUCUUCAGAGGCUCACUGAGGCAAUGGAGAAGAUUGCAAGGAAUGAGUUUUUUGGAUAUGAGGAAGCUCAUGACGGUAAGAAAGACCCAUCAAAGUGCUCUAUAUUUUAUAUGGCGUUGAAGAAAAAGCAUAUCGUUUUGGGUCUCUGGAAGACUGCUUCUGGUCAUCCAGAGCAGGGCAAGAUGAUCAGAUUCCUUAACCAUGACUUUGAAGAAAUGAGAUGGAAAAAGGCGGCUGUUAAAAAUGCGUACGUGUUAAUGGCCAAGCAUAGAUAUAUGGAUGCUGCUUACUUCUUUUUACUUGCAGAUGCAGUCAAUGAUUGUGUUGACGUGAUUAUUCAGAAACUGGGCGAUGUUCCAUUGGCAAUUGCCAUCUCUCGAACGUAUGACCAGUCGGAUCAUGGUGAAUCCUUGAAGCGGAUUUUGGUCAGACAUGUGCUUCCUAAGGCUAUAGAAGAGAAUGAUAGGUGGCACUUAAGUUGGUGUUUUUGGGCCUUCCAUGAUAGGCUUACAGCAAUUCAAUCUUUAAUUAAGCCAAUUGAAAUAUUGAUUGAAGACAUCAAGCGGAUUGUUCCAGAGUUUCAAACGUUUAAGGGCUCUGAUAUUCAUAAAAUCAACUCCGCUAACAACGAGGACCCAGUUUUACUUGUCAUGUACCAGAACUUGCGUAACCGAAAUGUGAAAUAUCUUGAAGGAGCACAGAAACUAGGUCCUGAAGCGGAAUUUGAUUUUGUCAUCAAAGCGGCCACCAUGUAUCAAAGCAUGGGAUGUGAUUGGCUUGCUCUUUUGAUAACAAAAAAUUGGGAGUUUGUUUCGUCACAAGGGCAACUGUCAGUUGUCGCCCCGGAAACAAGAAAGAGUAAGUCUACAUCUCAAGAUCUCAGCCCUACUAGGGACCACGCCAAGGCUUCCAGUCGAUUGAACGGUUAUAUGAAAUCAGAGUUGGAAAAACCGUCGACCACUACUACCGCCAGUUUCAAACAAAGAGUUCAACCAUCGCAAUCGGCAUUCGAGGAGCCAGACAUGUCAGCAUUCGAUUUUGGCUUUUAA